AUGGAAGAAGCUUUAGUAGUCAGAUUUCGUCUCCCAUCUCUCGCCGUCUACCUUCCUUCAUCGUUGACACUCGCCAUUUACCUGCCGGCUCACCUCCGCUCGCGCUGUACUUUUCACCUGUCAUCCUUCGCGACACAAUUAAGGAAAGCAGGUGAUGACACUCGUCAUGGUUUCACUAAUCACCUUUAUAAUGCCCUCAUUCAUUCCAAUAUCACUACUUUCUUGGAUGAUGAAGAGAUUGAAACCGGGGAAGAUCUGAAACCAGAAUUGGAGAGUGCCAUUAAAGCAUCUAGGGCUUCUAUUAUCGUGUUGUCAAAAAAUUAUGCUACUUCCACAUGGUGUCUUGAUGAACUGGUGUUGAUCCUUGAGCAACAUAAGGCAUGCAACCAUAUUGUUAUACCAAUCUUUUAUCAUGUUGAGCCCGCCCAUGUCAGGAAGGAAAAAAGUAGCUUUGGAGAUGCAAUGGCUAAACAUAGACAGAUGAUAGAGGCAGAGACAGAUGCAAAUAAUAGAAGUAAAUUGGCUCAAAAGAUUGAAAAAUGGAAUAAAGCGCUUAUAGAAGUUGCUGAUUUAAAAGGGAAUGAUGUUAAGGACAGGCUAGAGGUGGAGUUUAUUGAUGAAAUUGUCAAGGACAUCUUCCGUAGAUUACACAUAUCUUCAAGGUUUCCACUACCACAACUUAUUGGGAUGGAAGAUUCCAUUAAAUUCGUCAAUUCAUGGUUGAAAGAUGCAUCAUCACAUACAACAAAUAUACUCACUAUUUUGGGUAUGGGUGGGAUCGGAAAGACAUCUUUAACCAAAUAUGUCUAUGCAUUACAUUCUCAUGAAUUUGACUCAUGCAGCUUCAUUGAAGAUAUCGGUAGGAAAUUUGAUGAAAAAUCAAAUGGGAUGCUUGGUGUACAAGGACAACUCUAUAAUGACAUUUCAAAACCAAGUUCAGUUCAAGUUCUUGAUGGUUCUAUAUACACCUCAAUGAUAGAGAAUGCAUUAGCCCGUAAAAAGGUGUUUCUAGUUCUUGAUGAUAUUGGUAGUGUGGAUCAGUUAGAUGUGUUACUUGGAAGUAAAGGUCUUCAUCCGGGAUCCAAAAUCAUAAUAACAACAAGGGACGCAUGGUUGACUAAGAGUUGCGCACUAUUCAAAAAGAAUGUUAAACCCAAGCAUGCAACGUACACGCUUAAGGGCUUAUUUAAGACCGAAUCACAAAAGCUUUUGUGUUUUCAUGCAUUCAUGUGCAACGAUCCCAAGGCAGGUUAUGAAGAGGUGUCAAGAAAGCUAGUGAAUUAUUGUGAAGGACAUCCAAUGGCGCUUAAAAUUUUAGGAAGGUCUUUACAUGAUCGAGAUAUAACUUAUUGGGAGGGAUACAUAGACCGACUAAAGAAAGAAAAUGAUUCCCCUAUAAAUACGGUCUUGAGAAUGAGUUUUGACUCUUUGCCAUCAGAUAAUGACAAGGAGUUAUUUAAGCAUAUUGCCUGUAUUUUUGUUGGAAUGGAUAUAGACUUUAGUGUAACAAUAUUAGAGGCAUGUGAUAUAGAGACAAGAUCAGGGAUCACGAAUCUUAUUGACAGAGGUCUUCUUAGUAACAGAUGGAAUAAAGAAUUAACGAUGCAUCAAUUGGUUCAAGAGAUGGGAAGAUUUGUGGUACGUGAAGAAUCACUUUACAAGCCAUGGGAACGAAGUCGAAUAUGGGGUCAUGAGUCAUUCAAAGUGUUGAAAGACGAAAAAGGUACAGAAAAUGUUCUAGGCCUCACUCUUGACAUGAGGAUGCUUGAGAAAGAGCAAUUACAUGGAUCAAUCGAGUUGAAAAUAGAUGCAUUGAGUAAGAUGGAUAGGUUGAUGCUUCUUCAACUUAAUUAUGUGCAAAUAACCGGCUCUUGCAAGGAUUUUCCAAAAAAACUAAUAUGGUUGUCUAUGCAUGGGUUCCCUUUGAAGUAUGUACCUUUAAACUUACCUUUGGAGAAUGUAGUUGCUCUUGACUUGUCAUAUAGCAAGAUUGAAUCAUUUGGGAUUUCUUGUAGCUAUCCACAACGACUUCUUAAGAGGCUAAAGCAAUUAACUGGAUCAUGCUCAAAAGCUAAAAAGUUGCUUGGAUCGUUGAAGAUUCUUAAUUUAAGUUUCUGUGAACAACUUAGUAUUCUUGGUGGCUUUGACCACCUCCCUAAACUCGAGAGGUUGAUACUUAAAGGUUGCAUUGGUUUGCUUGAGGUUUGUGAAUCAAUUGAGCAGUGUUUUGAACUUGUACACAUCGAUCUAAGCUACUGCGACAAGCUUGAAAAACUUCCAAGAAGCUUAGGCAAACUAAAGAAAGUUAAAACACUACUUCUAAAUGGUUGUUAUCUCAGUGAAUCUCGAAUAAAUGUUAGGGAUAAGAAAUCAUCAGAAAUAGUCAAGGCUAACAAUAUUCACAUAAACACAACAACCUGUUCCUCCACUGUUAUCCAUGCUAUGCCAAGUUAUUCAAAGUUCUCUGUGAUUUCUUUACCGAGAUUUUUAGUAAGCUUGUCACUUAAGAAUAAUAAUUUGUCCACUGAAUCUUUUCCUUUGGACAUGAGUUGCCUAACCAUGUUAAAGGAAUUAUAUCUAGAUGAAAAUCCUAUUGUUUCCCUGCCCAGUUGUGUGAGAACCCUUCCUAGACUUGAGACACUUAGUAUGAGAGAUUGUAAUAUGCUGACAUCAGUCGAGCAUCCUCCACAUACAUUAACAGUUAUGAACCUCUAUUCUAAACCUAAUAAGCAUUUGCUACGAAAAGUUAUAUUUGAUCCACAAAUGUCCCCACUCAAGCUCUCAGUAGGAUGGAGGAUGAUGGCGCCUUCAUCGUCUGAAUUUGAAGGUAUGCUGAAAAUCCAACCAAUGUCAGGUGUUGAGGAAAAGUUAUUACAUUGUCUAGGCUGGACUAAAGUAGAUUUCCUUAACAGAAGACUCGUCGUUACUUCUACUGGUAAUGCAACAUUAAAGGAAUCUGAAAUCCAGAUGUAUUAUGAAUUUGGAAUAUUCAGCACAAUUUAUGAAGGCGAAGAGAUGCCGGAUUGGAUUAUGGAUAAAAGCAUGGAGCCAUCAAUAUCAUUUACAGUCCCAUCAUCUCCUAACAACCUCAUAGGAUUAAAUUUUUGUUGUUUGCUGACAUCUCCAUUUCCUUAUUAUAAGUUCUUUUAUUUGCCUCUGAUCAAAAUUAGUAAUAUAACAAAGAACCUCACCUGGAUAUACGACCAUUACAUUGAAAAAGUCAAUAUAGGCGGGAAGUUUUUGACAUUAAGCCAUUGGAUGUUUGGGAUGAAUGAGAUGGUAUGUGGUGACCAUGUUAAUAUUACUAUCCUGAGGGAGAGACCAGAUGAUUUUGCUUAUACAAAGGAAUGUGGGGUGAGUUUUGUGUAUGAUGAUGGAGAAGAAAAAGAAGAAGAUUUGUUGGGUUAUUACAAGUCAUGGAAUCAUAUUAUUGGUGGAGAUCUCAUUGGAUUUCAAUCAACCACCGGAGAAUACAUCCUAAGCAAAUGGCGAAUUUUGUUGCCUAACCUUGAAAUGGAUCAACUAAGUUACGGUUAUCUAUGUGAAGAAGGCGCCAAUUUCAAAGAUAAGUUGUACUUCAAAGCUCUUGUCUCAUAGUAAGUCUUGCAUACAGGAGGAUGGCCCCUAAUUUAGAGGGGCUAUUUGGUAUUAUUUGGGCUUAAUACAAAAGAAAUUAUGGAAGCAGGGGUUAAAGAGUAAAUAUCAGGCUUAUUUUGUAAGGAUUGUAGAAGGCUGGGUAGCAAUGGUAAUUUCUGGAUCAAAAUUGAAAGAAGAAGGAUAAGGAAGGACUAAAGGUGUCAUUAUGGGGAAAGUUUGAAGGAGGCGGCAUUUAACUAUUGCAUUGCCUCAUUUAACCCUAACCCUAGACACAAAGUUCAGCCGCCACCACCAUUCUUCUCCACCUCCGUCGCCGACCUUGUAUCCCCAUCGUCGGCCGAUGUCGCCUUGUUGAGUUCGAGCACCAACCACCGGCAUUGCCACCAUGCUGAAGUUGCAACGUAAUCGUCAACCGUUGCCGACAUCACAUCCACCAGAGACCGUGAGCCCUUGUCUUCGUUCCUUUCUGUCGGAGCUAUCGUCGCCCAUCGCCACCAUCUGUCUAGCGGACGUUAUAGUGGAGCCGCUGCUGUUCGAGCAACUAUUUCCUGAGCUACGGUUGCCCUCCGUCGUUCUCACUCCACUGUUGCAUUGAUACCACCGUCGCUGCCAUUGUCGUUGAAGACCCAGUCAUCGCCGAACGUUAGG